GCACACAAGGAAUGCCAUGUAAUCCAAACCCAUUCUUGCAUUGCGGCGAUCCUCAGCAAGUGUGGAAAUUAUGUUGUGAUUUCAUUCUCACCAAGUAUGAUGCUGGCUCUUUUUGACGCGUUAAAGUGGGAGAUGCUGUCUUCCAUUUUCAAUAUAAAUGUCAUGAGCUUCCGACCGGUUCUAUCUCCUUUUCUGUGGAAGCAUCAUCAGUCACUCUUUUACAGUUCACUCUCAAUCACCAUAGUCACUCGUUCAUAGCCCUUUUUGGCUACCACAUUCAUUACUACUCAUUACCACACUCAUUUGAUAUACCACACUCGUUUACUCACGGUAAAGUCUUAACUGACACCGAUCACAACACAUCACCAGAAAGAUCAGCUUAAAAAAAAGAAAUCACCAAGAUGCCUUUCUUCAGCAACGCAACUGCUCAGACCGGGCUCUCCGCUCACCACCCGGUUUCGCUGUACAACACCGUGUCUGCGGUACACACAGCGUACCCGACUCUCCACACUAGCGUUUAUCCGGUAAAGGAACCUCAGUACACGACCGUGUACGAGACGAUCCUGCCGGCAGCAUGCGAGACCAGCCAGUGGCUGGCCACUUACACCAUCACCGAGACCUGUAUGGGUAAACCCACCGACUACGUGACUCCCACCAUGCCUCCUGGAUUCGUCGUCACCACCGUCGCUUGCCACGCCUGCAAGCCUACCACCGAGAUCGAGAUCACCUGCCCCGGUGCUCAGCCUACCGGCACAUGGGUGCCCACUGUCAGCAUUAACGGCAACGGUGUUACUGCCACCAUCACUGCCUACCCAACCAACCCCCCAGCCACCAACACCCGUACCAUCCACACUGCCGUCCCUACCAACAACGCUGUGGGCUCGUGCACCGGUCCUGGUCCAUGCCCUCACCCCGGAUCUGGUUCCGGUUCCGGCUCUGCUGCUGGUUCAGGGUCCGGGUCCGGAUCUGGCAACGGUGCUGGAUCAGGCUCAGGAUGCAAUGGCUCUUCGUGCGUCUCUUCUGGCUCUGGCUCUGGAUCUAUGAGUGGUCACGGCUCCAACCCCGGCUCCAACCCCGGCUCCGGCUCCGGCUCCAGCUCUAGCUGCAGUGGUCCCUCGUGCGUCUCUUCUGGCUGCAAUGGCUCGAAUGGACGGUGCAACGCCAGCGGUAUGGCUCCCAACGGCACUACUAGUAGCCCUCCUGCCGUCGUCACUGCUGGUGCCGCGUCGCUCAAGAACGCCUUCGCCGUGUUCUCCGGUCUCGUCUUCGUGGCUGGACACUUUUUGAUUCUAUAAGGAAUGAUCGUAUUCAGGGUUUAGGAUUCAGUUUCUUUUUCGGUGCAUGGAGGUUGGGUUAACGUAUCGCUUCCUAUUUCUUGGAUAUGGUUUAUGACUUGUGUUUUCUUUUUCUUUUUUUCAUUAGCUAUGUAUCCUUAGGGUUGAUGGAAGUAUUUGGUCUCGGGAUUUUGCAUGUG